AUGGGUGUGCAUGCCAACAAAGCCAAGCCAAUCCCCGCCCACCUUGUUUACAAGCCUUUACCGCAUGCGAGCGAGUACCUGCGUAUUCUCAGCCUGCACGCUGGCAACGAAUGGGAGCCUAUUCGAUGUAGCCUGCGUCCAGUCAGCUUCCACGAGAAGCCGCAUUAUGACGCUCUGUCAUAUACCUGGGGCGACCCCAACGCCACGAAGCUGAUUGAGGUCGACGGCGUCGCAGUCGAAGUUACUUUCAACCUCGAGCAGGCGCUCCGGCAUAUGCGCGACCCCGAGAACGAACUUCCACUGUGGGUAGACGCUGUUUGCAUCAAUCAGUUGGACGCGACGGAGAGGUCGCACCAAGUGGCCCUUAUGGGCAAGAUAUAUUCCGGAUGCGCCCAAGUACGGAUUUGGCUAGGCUGCGAUGCCUCGCAAUGCCGCCUUGGCGAUGGAACGAAUGACGACUCAAAAGGAGCGGAUCCAUUCGAAAUCGUACGGUUGCUGGCAAGUGGUCGCCAUGUCUAUGAAUGGCAAUGCUUUGAGCCCCAAGCUCCUGAUACAGCUGUCUACAAGCCCGAUGACGACUUCAAUCUUGUGUGCGAAGGCUUCCUCGCUGUCUAUCGAAGCCCUUGGUGGACACGUUUGUGGACCGUACAAGAAGCCAUCCUACCAGGGACAGGCACUUUGUACUUUGAUACAUGGACGACAUCGCUUCAGACGGUCACCGAUUGCGGGUUAUACUACGACCAACAUGCCUGGAAGCCAUGUUGCAAUCACCCCGUAUCACAAAUGCCUAUUACAAUGAUCAAUGCUCUAAAGGACUUCUGCACCAUGACUCGGAGCCUUCAUUAUGAUCGAAAACGCGAUGGCAGCGGCAAGCUCAAGCGACAUGACCUACAAACACAACAUGUAGUAUACGGGUUUCGAGCGUGUGAGGACCCGCGCGACAAGGUCUACGGACUGUUGGGCGUCAUUGAUGACCGAUUCUUCACCCCGGAUUACACUUUGUCUAAAGAGGAGGUUUUCCUUCAGGCUACUUACACGAUGCUUUGUCGCGAACGGGGGUUCUUGAAGAGUCUGACAGGCCCUCAAUAUGGCCCAGCGCCGGACAAACUGGCGUCCUGGGUGCGGGACUUUGAUGCGCCUUGCGAUCGCAUGGACGUCGAUGUAGUUUUCGAUCGGCACAAGCUAUUUGAUGAUGGCGUCUUCAAUGCUUCCGACGACCGCAGAUUCAGACCUGUAUUGCUAAAGGCUUCUCCACGUUCGUCGGGUGAGGCGCCAAAUUCCGUCAUAGCGUUUUGGCGAACGAUGCUUGGUGGAUUGGACAUUCCAGUCGAUAGAGAAGGCCACGCGUGGGAUCUCAAAUCUAGUCCUGCAACUAGUCCCGCAACGAUGCGUUGGCUCGAGCACUUUCUUGCAUGGGUGCAAGGAAAAGAGGAUACGAUCAAUGCCACACUAUGCCAUAUGAUCUCCGUCACAACACAUGGACGUCGUUACUUCAAGACCGGAAGCAAUGGUCAGGGCCUCUGCUAUCCGCACGUUCGUGUCGAGGACGAGGUAUGGGUUCUAGGCGGUGGAAACGUACCGUUCAUCCUGCGGCCCGCGCAUUUGAGCAAAGAAGAAAGAGAAGCGCUCAAACCUGUAGAUACGGAUGGAGUCCGGAGCGAUGGUGACAUUGACUUCAGUGGUGACUGUCAUUUGGAAAAGCCGCCUGAAGGCUAUUACGAGUUCAUCGGCGACUGUUAUUUCGACGGAUAUAUGCAUGGGGAAGCCGUUCGAGACAGCACCAUUCGUGAACAGUCCAUCGUGUUAGUUUAG